CCUCUUUUUUGCGCUUUCUGCAUACUUGUGUCGCGCCGGCGAUUUCCUAGAGCGUGUAAAUACGUUCCGGAUCCAUGGACUCUGCUCCUCCUCGUACUGACGUUACAAGAAACCCGGAUGGUAGCGGACGGCCGAUAGUGGGGACGACACUCCGACGCUUCGUGGUAGUCGUCAUCGGCGUGCAAGCGAACAUAAAACGAAGCGGCGAACGAGAUCGAGGCUCAGUGCUUACUAGGCGAUCGAUCGCCACGGACUCGCGCGCGACCAAUUCUCGUUGUUGUUUGGUGACAACGACAGCUGCACGCGUGUGAAAUAACAGCAAAGCGGAGUGAAGUCGUGUGAAAAGAUAAGGAGAGGAGAAAAGAGCACGAUGGCCGGUAGAACUUUAAUUCUGAGGGUCUCCACCUGUAUUCUGCUCGGCUGCAUGACGAUGCGAGUCACCGGCUCGGCGAUACCGAUGUGGGAAUUUCUCUCAAGAGAUGAGAAAAUGAGUCACCUGUACGAGCUGUUCAGCAAACAAGUGGCACGGUUCUGCGCGGAUUCGUCGAGGCCGGACUGCAACAAGAACCUGCUGGUGUCCGGCAUACGGAGCCUCGUCGGCAUGGACGACAACGUCCUCGACAAGUUGGACCCUUACCAACGCGGCGCUAAAGACAUGAUUUGGCACGCCAUGGUGGGAAGCAGCAGAUUCUCGUCGCGAAUCAGCCACGAGUCGGCCGACGAAGCCUACUUCACCACCGGGGCCGAUUUGUCGGCGAGCAGCGGCAGCGAGACGAACGGCCUCGGCGAGGAGACGAUGGCCAACAGCGACUACGUGCCUUCUUCGGAGCAGCACAGCGGCCCGUAUCUGGUCGGGCCGAUGGUGAUACGGGUUUAUCCGGACGGCCGGCCCGUCCCGGAGGACCAGAAGCGCCCGUUGCCGCGCGACGAAGACGCGGACGAGCUGAGAUACUCCCGCUUGCCGUCCGUGGAGGAGAUCGAGGCCACCACGUUCUACGGGAAAGGCGCGAAGGAGCCGAUCGGCAAGCCCUACGUGACGCGUUUCCGCGGCGGCAGAAGAGCGAUCGAGCGUUACUACUGAUGAGAGCCUCCCCCGUGUCUCUCGUGUAUCUGAUAGGUGAGAGAGAUACCGUGUAUUCGCAACAGGGAUUUUCCGUCAUCGCGAUCCCACGGCGAGAUGUCGCGAAGAUGAACGGCGUAGUCACGCUGUGGAGAUGAGACGGACGAUAAGUUUUAUCGCCGCCGUCGAUGACGAGAAGCGAGGAAUGGUGAACCUCGUCAGAAAGCCCGUGAUUUACGGGCGAUCGCGAAGCUUGACGAUUGGUCGGCAAUUAGAUAUUCUUAGGAUAACCGAGGAGGAUACACUGUAUGUACAAUCGUACGAUAACGCAAAUAAUCGCCGACCAUGAUGAGUAUCAUUCAGCUUCUCCACUUAUUUAAUUUCAUUCAUUCGCUAUUUAUUUAAUCGCGUCGGGAUUGUCAUGCAAAACUUCCGCGAAAAACGUCGAUAAGACCUUGAGAAAAGGAAGAAAAAACGUCGAUCGUGAAUUGAAUACGCGUUAUUUUUCACCUGAUGCGCGCGGCUUCGCGCCUCACACUAGGGAACCAGUAUACCUCGCUGCUAAAUACCGCGGUGUACGCUCGAAUAAUCGUCGAAUAUUUCGCAUUAAGGUUCAAAGCUUACACGGAAGAAAAUUAGUCUGAAAUUAAGAAUAGAUCUUCUCAUAUAUAUAUAAGCAAGAAUAUUCUCACAAGAUUUUCUUACUUUUGAAUUAAGUUCGAGUAAUACUUGCAUCAAUGUAAAUUCAAUCAAAUCAAGGUUAAAAGUCUCCUAAGAAGAUUAUGAUAUUCUCACUUAUAUAUGAGAAUAUCUGUUCUCGAUUAAUUUUUUUCUCCGUUGCUUUCGGAAAUUAAUCGGGUAAAUUGUCUAAAUUAAUUGUGUCAAUUAUACGCACGGAUUAUUACAAAUUGCGGAUAGUAAUAAACACCGGAGCGUUGAAUUGUCGUUUGCACACAACAAGCAACAAACAACAAUUAAUCGGACAGAGAAAGUCAUUAUAGUACGUGACGACUGCAAUUAGUCGUUAAUAAUUAUAUGUUUCGCCCUGUAGAUAUUCGACACACAACGGUCGUAGUUGUUGUAAUUUUAAGUCGAUGAGAAAUAAGUAGAACUAGUAAAGUGUGAUAAAACACAAUCAUUAUAUAUAUAUAUAUAUAUAUAUAUAUAUAUAUAUAUAUAUAUAUAUAUUCGACGCGAGAUUAACGUACGAAUAGGAAAAUGUGAUAAAUUAAGACUAACGCGAUACCUAAUAAAUAUACGUUAAUAUAAAUACGCAAUGAAUUGAGCAAUUGUGCACGCAAAGAGAUAAGUGUUAAUUUCGCUUGGACGAGAUCGUUCUUAUCACGGAUUAUUAUAUGUAAUAUGUCCUACGAUAAGAAGCUAUUAUUUCGUUGUCGAUUGUGAAACAUGAAGUAUAUUUUUUUAUGCGACUACACAAGAGUAUACGUUGUAUGAGUAUGCUACGAAUUCGACAUUAUUAUUUGGUUUUAACGAUUUCGAUGUAAUAUUAGUUUAUAUAUUUUGCGGUAAUACAUAAUAUUGUAUAUAUAAGUAUUGCGUGUUGUAAACACAAUAUAUAUAUAUAAAAUGAUGUCGUUAGAGCAGAUUAAAACAUUAGAGUUGUACCACAUUUUCUAUGUUAUUUUCAUACUCUUCGAAAGCUGAAUAAACAAACAUGCGGACCGAUCGAGCCGAUGCGUAAUAUUGAUGAACGCACUCAACCGGUUAGAAGUUUCUUGAAACUUAUACGAUACGUAAAAAAAGAAAAACAAUAUUGUUGAUACUGACGAUCUCGCGUCCCGAUCGAUAACCGCGAAAUAAGUCAGCAUACUUUCGGAAAAUGGACAAUUGGUAAGGAAAUCUCACGUCUUGAGCACGAAGGCUCGCGGUGCAUUAAUACUGCCCGACUUCCUAUGCAUACACAGAGAAAAGGUUUUCUUAGAUUUAGUAUUUCUAUUCAUUUGACUAAAAUUUGUUUCAUAGAAACAACAUAUACGAAAUAUUAUUUGUUUGAGUAAAAAUUAUAUAUUGUCUCAUUCAAGAAAGCUCUAUUAUUUAACGCUUGAA